AGCAAACAACGGUCGCGAUGUACUUAGUUACACGUGAAUGCGCAUAAUUAAUUUCCAUACAAAGUUUUUUUUGUCAACGGGAGAGACGUAAAUUUCGGUGACGUAGUGAGAGAUAUUUAGUAACAUAAAUUAUAGUAGCUAGCGCUUAACGGUUGUCUUAGCAGCGUGGCCCGUCGGUGAAGCUUACCACCUUGAAAAUGCGGGAGAAGGCCUUCCGUUUAGAUUUUGUUGCUACGUGGAGAACACGAUCAUCCUCGGUUUAGCGGUAAGUGGCUUUUAAUUUAAAACACCUCGAUGCUUGUACUGUGUUGUUAUAGUUUAAUUUUGUACACCGUCUGAGCAAGUCAAGUAAGUUUAAGUUGAGACUGAUUAAAGUUCGAUUCGGAAUUCACUUUCGAUGAACGCUUUUACUUUCUAGUUAAUUUGAGGCGACGGGGUUCAGUUUUUAAACUGACAAUAGUCGACAAAUCUUAAUCUAUCAGUUAAUGUUAUUGUUUAUUGAAUAAUACAAAUUCCAUGCCGGAUCACCAAAGCUACUGUGAACAGGACAUUAUCGCCGUGUUUCAAAUCUGAGUUCCGCAAACAUCAUUCUCCUUUUCAUUCCUCUCCGACUUCGUCGAUAGUUUUCCAAGGGAUUACUAGAAUUCCCUCAAGAAACACGGAGGAAAUUACUAUGCAGUAGACUACAAAGUUGACUCACGCGUUGACGUACCUUUUUCCCUUGUGGGCUGUUUAAAUAACGCAAAAUCAAACAAUAUCCGACACGUAGAUCAUGUCAGAAAUAACAAUUCGCAACUUUCAGUUAUUAAGUUAUGCGAAUAUGCGUUUACAACGUCUAAAGAUUUUCAAAAAUUGUUGUCCAAUAUUGACUGUUAUAAAACUAACGGUCACUUCAUCGGAACGUUAUCCCCGCUGGGCUAAUUUCAACGGUUGACCAAAGAUGCCCAUUGAAAAACAGCACUUCACUUACAUAAAGAAACUUUCAAAGUUUGUUUGCUUGUACGUUGCAUUUGGCAAACUGUGAAUUUCUUUGGCGUAAAGUGAAAAAUAACAUUCAUAGAGCGCAUGGGGGAGUCUUGCUUCCUAUAGACACACGAGUAAUUUUUUUCCCUCUUAUAGAAAGGCAGCACUAUUAUGUGGGCAUUUUCUUCUUCUUUCUACAUGUGUACCGACGCAAAAUUAGGUACCACUUAUUUCCUUAGCUUUCUCCCAAGAACGUUUUUCUCUUGCCCAUUCCUGAGGAGCCCCUGACAGAUUUUAUCAUAAAAUUAAGCUCAGAAAAUAUUUCAUGUAAUUUUAAGAAGAUUAGUCAUGCAAUUUUUGUGUCAAUGGCGCUCUGAACGCGAAAAACUCUGACAGGGGGUGCACCCGAUCAUACAAAUGAAGAGUUUUGUGAUGGAUCAGUUUACCGCAGUAAUCAAGUGAAGUGGCGAAGCUUGGAAAAGCGAAACGGCGCAAGUAAUUUUUUUUUAUUCAUCGAAUUGGGAUGGUGAUGCAUCUUCAACAAAAACUUCUUCCACUUAGUAAUUAUUUCGUCUGAAGUCAAAAUUCCUUUUGCGCACAUUCUGGCAGAACCUAAAAAAAAUAGUGAUAAUGUAAAGUGGCAACCAUGCCACAAGGAUAUCGUUCGUUUUGUAUUGUUUUGAUAUUUUUGUGUCUGUGAUUCUACGAUAGGCUUUCCCAAAUGGCGACUUUUGCGGCCAAAUAUCUUGUAUCGAGUGCAACAAGUGGCGUUACUGGCAGAGUUGGGGAAUUAGGCGGAGAUAUCGGAAAAACACUUAGUAUGGAGAAUUUGAGUAAAAAGGACAUAGAAAGAGCUGAAAAAGAACUGAAUAAAGAGGCGAAGGCAAGGAAAAAGAAACACCACAAAAUGGAAGCAAUAAGAGAAAAACUACGAUCUGACAUGAGAGGAAAAUACGGAAUCAAAAAGAGGCGAGCACACGAACCAGUUGAGACACAUACUGGAAUAUUGAUGCCAAAAAGCGAGAAAGAACUACUGAUAAGUCCUACCGAUAAAGAUCAGGAAGAGGACGAUGAAUGUGUACUUUGUCCUUGCUGUUCAUGGCUUCGUUUAUGUUGUCCUUGUUUAUAUAACGGUAUCAAACAUUCGUAAGUUUCACGGUUGACGACUAAUAUCCGUUGACAAAUAAUAUCACGGUUGACAAAUAAUAUCUGACGUACGAUGUAACACCGCAGACAUGAAAUAGCUAGUCGUCGGAAUCGUCGUAAGUGACCCAUGUCGUUUGAACUAAAUUCCUUCCCACAUUAAUUAAGUUGAGUUUGAUGUGACCUUUGUUCCAGAUAAACACUUAAAUUGACCAAGAAUUCCUACCCCUGAAACACUUUCCCCUGACAGAGUACCUGUCCGUACAUUUAUGAUUACUUCAGCACCAGCCAAUGCGAGAUCUGUAAAAUUUGAAAAUGAAUUUAAAUAAACGGC